AUGAAGGAAAUGUCUUGCUUCUGCACGACUUUUUCUUCCUUGUUGGAACAGAUGGUGAAGGCUUACAAAUACAUGACUGGUAUUUUUUCUGUGACUCAUACCUCAGAGCAACAGGCUCCAGAUCACGAUAAGCAGCCAACCAAGAUGGAUGUAAGCUUCCUUGAGGAGCAAUAUGACCAUAUAAAACAGAAGCAAAAACUGCAGUCACACAUUAUUGUAUUUAAAACAGGUGAACAUGAACCUGUUCUCCCAGAAUCCGUGGUCAAUCCAGUUCUAAUUAAUAAAAAAGUUGGAAGAUCAAAGUCACUCACAGAGUAUAUUCCUGUCAGAAAGGUCAGACUGGAGACAACCAGCAGUGGCAACAUCCAAGAGAACUCACCAUGGCGCAUCCACCUGGGUAUUCACCGCCUGGUACAAGCCCCUUGUCAAGGAGUUACCUGGGAUCUUUCCCACUGCAAGAAGGGACCGUGCAGCUUUGACAGUCACAGACUCAUUUCCAAGGGAAACAUCACACUGCAACCUGAGGAAUUAGAUGAAACAAGUGAACUCUCCGCACUCAGUCAGCUGGGAAGUUCCAGCAUGGGGAGCAGUUUCACCAAAGAGAACAGCAGUGAUGUUUCAAACCCCUGCCAAAAGCCUGCUCUGAAAUCAGCCACUUCAGCAGUUUGGACACAUCACCAUAUUCCUUAUACAAAAUGCAUGCCAGCCUGCAAUAAACUGAACUUUUACCCUUUCCCCAAUAAGAAAGGGCCCAGGAUAUCUGAAGCAGCAAGAAAGCUUGGAUUAUAUGUCUCACAAUGAAGACAUUCAGGAAUACAGAACACUUAGUAAAAAAAUUUGACUAAACCUUAAAAAAGCAAAAUAGUCUCUGUAGUUAUAUAUUGAUCAACCUGCUAAAGGUCUACUGUUUUAAUUAGCCAAGGAAGGUCUUUAUUAUCUGUUGUUGUGCUGUACAGUGUAAAAUAGCAUGUUCUCCUGAGGGUGCUGGGCUGGUGUGACAGAUACUCACUUCUGAGAUAUGAGAGUAAUUUUAUCUUUUUUUUUUUUCUAUUUUAAUGUUGCUGAUUUUAGAAGCUAUGAUUUUAUCACAGCAAUAUUAGAAAUAUUUGAAAGAUCUUUAGCAAAGACUAGCAGAACUACUGAUAAAGCAACCAGGCU